AUGUGGCCGGAACUUCGUUCCCGACUAGAGUCGGGGCCCCUUCCCGGCGGGCUUAUUCUUAUUAUUCUGGUGUUGAGUUAUACCGUUUACCUAAUCGGCCUGGGCAUCUACAGAGUGUAUUUCAGCCCUCUUGCCAAGUUCCCUGGUCCACGUCUUGCUGCACUCACAUCGUGGUACCAGGCGUACUAUGACAUUUGGCUUGGAGGCCAAUUCUUCAAGAAAUGCGACGAGUUGCAAAAGAUAUAUGGACCCAUUAUUCGCGUCAAUCCUCACGAGGUGCAGGUUUUUGACCCCGAAUUUAUUGAUACCCUUUAUACAAGCAACUCGCAGCGUCGGGAUAAAUACAAAUGGACUGGCCGCUCGAUUUUGUUACCUGAAUCGUUGGUUGCGACGGAACCUCAUGAUUUGCACCGCAAGCGUCGUGCGGCCUUGAGCCCGUUUUUUUCCAAGGCAAGCAUUCGGCGUCUAGAAGAGCCCAUUCAAGAAACGCUGGCUGCCAUUUUGGCUCGUAUGAAAACGGCUAGCAAAUCAGUAGAGGUGAUGCCGAUGAGCCUCAUUUACAAGGCGGCCACGAGUGAUAUCAUCACUAAAUACGCAUUUGGAAACUCUACCGAUUAUGUCAAUCGCAAAGACUACAACGUUGGCUUUUUCGAAGCUGUCGACGCCAACUUUGGCAUGGCAUGGCCGAUGACUCACAUCCCGUGGCUAGGGCCGUUGAUGAACUCAAUCCCUCCGUCCGUCAUGGGAAUUGUGUAUCCUGGCCUCAAAUCCCUAUGGCAAAUGCAUCACCAAUGGACAAAGCAGAUUAAGGAAAUUGACGCCACCAAGAGCAAUAAUGAUGGACCGCAUUCCACAAUUUUUCAUGGCAUACUAAGCAGCAGUCUACCACCGUCGGAAAAGGAACCGGCGAGGUUGCGACAAGAGGCGCAGUUGGUGAUCCUUGCUGGCCAAGAUACUACAGCUAACCCCGACAAGCUUGCUAAGCUCAAGGAAGAGCUUGUAGCCGCCCUUCCGGACCCCGACACUGUGCCUACCCUCGCUGUUGUUGAGAAAUUACCUUAUCUGAAUGCCGUGAUUCAAGAAGGACUUCGUAUGCACCCUGGAGCUCUGGUUCGUAUGACCCGCGUUGCUCCUGACAACGAGCUGGUCUAUAACGACAAGACAUCCGGCCAAAAAUGGGUUAUCCCCAAAAACACCCCGAUCACUAUGACUGCCCUUCCAAUCCAGAUGAACGAGAAGAUCUUCCCAGAUCCCACCAAGUUUGAGCCUGAGCGCUGGCUAGAGAACCCCCGGUUGGACCGUUACUUGCUUACAUUCUCGAAAGGCUCACGAAUCUGUCUCGGGUUCCACUUGGCAUACUCGGAGCUCUACAUCAUACUGGCGGGCCUUUUCCGCAAGUAUGACCUGUAUGACGGGACUGGCCGCCAGAAGACCCCCACGAUAGACCUAUACGACACCGUGCGCGAGCGAGAUAUAGAUGCCGUGAUCGAUCUGAUUGUACCUUACCCAGCCAAAGGUAGUAAGGGCUUGAGAGUGGUUGUUCGUGAAUAG